AUGCCGCUGCCGGUGGCCAUGGCACUGGUGCCGGCCCUGGCUGGCCUCCUGGCGCACGGACGGCCGCGGGCGCUGCUGCCUCCGGCGCUGGUGCUGGCCCCGGCUGGGGCGCUGGAGUUCUGGGACGAUUUCUGGGACUACGUACAUGAUCGGCGUCGGAAGGCGGCGAGGCAUGCCAACGCCAGCAGGACGAACGGGAAGCAGAAGGCCAACCUCAGCAUGGCGAACGAGAGCUCCUGCGGCGCGAACUCGAGCAACGUGACGAACGGGUCGGCCGGCCCGCCCGACGACGCGGGCCCGACGGACAUCACUGGCGACGGGGACGGAUACGACGAGCACGGCGACGACGAGUUCCCAGGCGUCUUCAUUCUCGGGUACCGCUUCGUGGCCUCCUUCUUUGUCGUCGUGGAGGCCCCACUGGACGAAGGAGGAUUCUUCAGCGACCCCGUCAGGCGAGCAGGCCGUUUUCUCUUCGGGCCAAGCUGGGACACCUUCAUCUUGGGCGGGCGGAUUGCUUUCGGUGUGGUGCUCGUCCUUUUGUGCUUGACAAUGUGUGUGUGGCUGAUGGAGCUCAUCCAGCGGGCAUGCGUCCCACUCCGUGCAGUGGCCGGUUUCCUCAGGGGCGUGUGCUGCCGCAAGGGCCAGCGUACCAUACCCGUGACCACGGCCGACCAGAUCAACCGUGACCCGCAGCAGGUUCAGCUCUACGGCCCGGGUCUGGAGAAGGAGCCCCCGACGAACUUUUACCGUGACCUGAAGACCGCCCUCCGCGCGGGCAACCCCCGCCACGUGGUCUUCUCCGUGGACGGCCAGGUGGCGCGCGUCCCGCCCAAGUGGAGCGACGCGCGGACGAAUGCCCACGGCCUGAUCAUCGACUACGACACCGUCUACGGGGCCACCUCACGGCGACUGAGGAAGGACCUGGAGAGGGCGGCCACCAAGAGGCUCCACCUCUGCCGCAAGGUGGGCCCCUGCCAGGAGUGCGAGCCGUUGAAGGCCCACCUGCAGUCCUACGCGGUGGUCGCGGCCGACGCGGUGGUCGACCUCGACGACCUCGCCGAGCACACUCCGCUCGGCUGGUGCUGCGUCCGCACCUCGCGGGGCAUCCGUGGGAUCCCAGGCUGCGCCUGGGGCCUCGUCCGAGGCGCCGGCGGCCUCUGCUGCCUCCCCUGCUGCUGCUGCCCGCGCCGCAGGCGCAAGCCCACGACGCCCGCGGAGGAGGGCCCCAAGCCGCGCGACGAGUCGGACACCGAGGACGAGGGCAUCCCCUGCAUGGCUCAUCGGGUGGGCUGGCGGCACGCCGAGACGGGCCGGGUCACGCUGCUGGCCCCGCGGGUGCAGUGUGGCGACAAGGCGCUCGAGGAGAACACCACGCUCCUCACUGACGACGCCCGCGUCAGCCCCCUGACCGCCGGGACACAGCAGGAGCAGGCCCCUCUCUGUGCCCACCACGCCGCUUUGUACCAGGGGAUGCGGCGUGCGCAAGGCUGCGCCAAGGCCAAGUGCAACUCCCUGGGCUACGCACGGCGCGACGGCAUCAUGCUGUGCAGGCCGCACUACGACGAGAGCCAGCAGGAGAAGCGCCGGGAGGCGCAGGCCCUCCAGGAGGCACGCGACGCAGCCCUUUCCACCACCUUGGCCCACGCUGGGCCCCAGGGCACGCCGCCCCAGCCGCCGCCGCUUCAGCACGAGGGAGCAGCUCCGGGGCCCCCCUCGCCCCGUCCCCCGCAGCCCCCUCACGGUGAGGCCCCUCGGGGGGGCGGGGGCCAGUCGAACCCCCGGCUCUCCAUCGCCGACCUCGUCUCCCGCCUCGACGGCGCCGACGGGGCCCCCACCAGCGCGGCGCCCUCCCCGCCGAGCGGGAUGGAGUGCCUGCGGGAGUACCUCCGCGACCGCGAGCUCCACCCCGAAGAGGGAGACGCAGGCGCCCAGGAGAGGCUCCUCAACCGGUACGACUGGGACCAGACCCAGGACGUGCUGAAGGUGCUGCUGCGAGGUGCUGAGGAAUACGAACGAGAUGGGGGGCGCGGUCUGCGCACGCUCGAGGGCGAGUGGCGCAGCCAGCUCCGCCGACUGCGCGACGGCUACCAGGAGGAGGUGCGCCCCACCUUGGCUCCGCUCGCACCGCAGGCCCCCCCGGGCCUCACAGCGAGCAUCGCCCACCCCUUCGGUGGUGGCGCCCCCACCUGGGGCGUAGGCCCCGCGCCUGCGACGAGCCCUGCCGCCCCGCGGCCCCUGCUGCCGCCUGGCGCCCCCGCCGCCUCUGCGCCGCUGCCCUCCCUGGUCGGGCGUGGCAGGACCGACCUCUACCACAACCUGGUGGGCCCCAUCCUGGCCGACGGCACGCGGCACGCCCCCCCGGGCGAGCGACGCGCUGGGGUCGGAGGGGAGAUCGGCCCCACCGGCGACAGCGAGAUGGCAGCCGCCCUCAAGGACAUCGGACUCGGCAUCGAGAGCCUCGUCAAGCACAACAGUGAGUCCAAGAGCUCCAAGGGCACGCCGCAGGGCUUAGGACGAGAGGAGACGGCCCUCGUCUUCCUCGCGCGGGCCUGCAACCGCUUCAACGUCCAGGUCUGCCCCUCCUACACAGGCACGUCCCUCUACCAGGCCAUCAAGGAGGCCUUCGUCACAUCGAAGGGCGAGCUCUCGGGCCUCGGUUGGCCCACCUGCGUCACAUCACGCCUCGCCCUCGGACUCGCGGGCCUGUACUUCGGCGCACGGGACCAGCACUCACUUCUACCACACUACUUGAGCGUGGCGGACUUCCCUAAGCACUCCCAGGAGGAGCACGACAACCACGUAGUCCCCCAGGACGACCGCCUCGAGGCCCGCCCCCGGGCUCCCGCUACGCUGGCCCAGUGGGUGAAGCAGGCGCAGAACCACGCCAGAUGCUUCGCGCUGAUCUACGGUUGGGAGCACUACCAGGAACGAGCCGACGCCAUCGAGAAGCUGGAGAAGCUGGCCGAGGAGGACUCCGACGUCUUUCCCCGCGAGCGCAUCUACGGCUGGUUCGAGGAGCUCAACUGGCGCUGGCGCGAGGAUCUCAAGGACGUGUACCGCCAGCUCCUUCGGAUAUCAGGCAAGGAGUGGCUACGCAAGGAGCAGCUCGAGUUCAUGGCCCUCACGCCAGACAGUGACGGCAAUCCUCUCCUGCGCAUGCCGACUUGUUUCAAGCUCGACCUGGAGGACGCCUGGUUCAGGAAGACCAUCUUGCCACACCUGGAGCGGCAGCACAGCCGGACACUCUGGCGACUCACGCACAAGGCCCUGAAGGCACCAGGAGAUGCUCGAGGCGCAGGUGCCGAACCAGGAGCCGAGGGGAGCCCCCGCAGGGCUUACCCCGCGGGCAAGCGCCUGCCACCCCGGGAGGCCGCCGAGUCGGUCACCCACGCACCCAUCGAUGAGGUAGCCAAGAAGCCCUACUGCUGGGGCGCAGCCACGCACUGUGGCUGCCAGCGGACAGCUGCCGAGUGCGGCCACUCGCACCGCCCUUUCAAGGGCACCCUCCAGCAGCAGCAUUGGACAGUGCAGGCCCAGCUGAUACGCCGCGGGGGCUUGAAGGGUGACAAGCCCAUCCCCCCGACCGAGGUCGACGGCCGCAUCAAGCAGCUUCGGGAAGCCGCUCACGAGGAGGCAGCCCAGAAGGUCCGUGAAGGGGUGGCCCGCCGAGGGCAGGCAGGCCGUGGCGCCGGCGACGCCUCAGGGGCCCCCCCGCGGAGCAUCAGGUGGGCUCCCCCGGAGGAGCUCGUCAGCUUCGCCCCCGCAGCAGCCGAGAACGAGCUCACGGAGACCUUGCGCGGCCCGGACUACGACUGGGAGCGCGACGUCGACCCCCCCGGGCCUGACACCGCGAGAGCCGUCGAGGACACCACCGCCGAGUCCCCCGAGGACGUUGGAAGGAGGCGCGAGCAGAUCGCGAAGAUCGCCUCGCUCCCCGAGGUAGGUCCGCUCGAGCAGUGCAGCCAUCACCUCCAGUCCUACGUCAAGGGGCGCCUCCUCCAUAGCUCGCUCAGGGGCGAGGACAUCACCGUCGAAGGCGUGCUGGACGAGCUCGUCCGCGGAGGCCCCGCCGCGCUCGCCGAGGAGGCGGGCGACUACCUGGAUCAGCUUCGGCGCGCAGGGGGGGCCCACCUUGGACCCGGCUCGGGCUACGCCGAGGUUCUGCAGCCCACCUGGCCCGCGGACGGCGGCUGCGGGAUCGGUAAGCUCCUCGUGGCCGGCCUCGCGCUGGAGACGGCAGACUACCGCGACUCCAUCCACGUGUCGCCUGGCCUCCGCGAGGCCCUCCAGCUCGGCGACCAGGAGCUGGAGGAGCGCCAGUGCAUGGUCAUCCACAUCGCAGCCGGCCUCCUCGACAUCGAGGCCACGAGAGGGGACGCCCAGGCGCCCGACGCCGCCUGGCCCCCUCCCACCACGGACACGCUUGCUCUCGCAGCCGACCUGAGGGAGGAGCUCUGGGCAGGGGCCUCCGAGGCCACCCGCGCCCUGGGCGAGACCCCAGAGAAGCUUGACAGAGCCGAACGUGAGGUGCGGGGCUACAUACACGACGUACUCCACCCUCAUCAUAAUAAGGACUAUCGUUCGCUUUGUGCGUUCCCGCUCGAGCCCCUCAGCAACGUGAUCCUCAAUUUCAUUCGGGUCGACUCCCUGGGGCGCGUCAACUUCGAGAGCGUGUCAGGAGCAGCGGCCAGCCCAGAGUCACCGAACUGCUGGUUGCUCAUCCACCGACGGCACAUGCGGCUCAUCAAGCUCGGGCCCGACAUCGACCGAGCCACACUGUUGGCGGACUUUGCCCAGCAUGCCAGCACCUGGGGGGGCAGCCCGCCGACCGACUACGCGGCCAUGGGCUGGGAGGUUCUCCUCGACCAGGCGAAGGAGUGGGCGCCCGAAGCGUUCACCCCCCAGCCCAGGACCUGCCUUUGCUGCAAGUACAUCAAGAACAGGCAAGGAGACGGAGCACGUGUCGCCGGGGACGUGGCCCCCCUGGAGCCCCUCAACGACGACUACACCUUCCUGACAAUCGCCGGCUGGGGCUCCAGGCGCGUGGGCGACUCGGGGGAGGCCAGGGCGCUGAUCAGGCGCUUCGCCCUCGCCUACGUCGCCUAUGCCAAGGCCCAGCCGACAGGCACGGUGGACGCUUGGAGGGGAGCCGCCGCUCGAGGCGAGGCACUGGUGGAGCUGGCGGGCAGCGUGGAGGAGGGCGCCCGCGCCCUCUUCAAGGCUAGGAGCGACCUGGGCCUGGACAACCUGAAGGGCAUCUUCGACUCGGACCUGGACCGCCACCUGGCCCCGGACGCGCUGCUGCACUUGCGGGACCAGGCCGGGCACGGCGUGGCCGCGAGGGACACGGGCAUCAAGGUGAGAGAGGAGUGCAAGCCACAUCAGAGCGCAGCUGACGUCUUGGACCAGUGCUACGAGGGCUCCUGGAAGGACGUCCACGCCGCCCGUGUCCUCGUCCUCCCCAGGCGCCGACGCGACCUCCUGCAGGGGGCCCGCUCCUCACCGCAAGGAGCGGUCCCCAAGCAGAACCCGGACAGGACGCUCUCCUUAGAGAAGAGGCUCAUCCAUGACCAGAGGCGCGCCAACGAGACCACGGACAAAACAUGGCAUCCUCCCGCGGCACAACCGUUCCAUCGACAGCUCGCCAGGUUGAUCGUCUGGUGGUCAGUGAAGCUACCGCGUAUCCCCAUACUCCUAUCGAAGCUGGACGUCAAGGGGGCCUUCAAGCUGCUCUGGGUCGACCCCCAGGACGUCGGCACCUUCGCCACUGACCUCCCUUGGCACCCGGAGGCCUGCUCGGCGCCCAGGGGCCCUGAGGAGGCCCCCGCACCGCAGACGACCGACCCGGACACGCAGCUCGACCAGCAGGUGCAGCUCUGCCUGGAUAGGGGCCUCGCCGAGGGCCUCACGCUCAUCUCACUGGUUCUCACCUUCGGCUGGGCUGGAAGCCCAGGCGAGUGGACACCUUGGGGCGAUAGCGUCGCAGCGGUCCACAGCCAGCAUGCACCGGGGAACUCGGCUUGGGAGGGGCCCUUCAAGUUCCAGUCGUACAUUCUCAUGGACGACCUUGUCUUGGUCGAGCCCGCCCUUGGCAUGCGCCCCUGGACGUCCAGAUCGCUGGCCGAGAAGACCAUCGAGAAGCUGCUGGGUCCAGCCGCCGUCAACCAAGACAAGAAGCACCAGGAAGGCUACUUCUCGACGGACAAGAUCGUUUGGGGACUGGAGUACCGCACCGACGAGAUGCAGGUGGCCAUCCCCGAACCGCGGUUGUUGAAGGGCGCCUACCUACUUAGCGACACGUGCUACGACAGCGGCUACAAGGGCGCGAGGCUCCGCGACAUGCAGGUGUUGAGAGGCACGGGCACCAGCUGGAUGGCGGCCAUGCCGGCGCUGGCGACCGAGCUGAGAGCAGUGGACGCCUUCCUUACGCCGCAGGCCGACGGGAUUCUGAGGCCCAAGGUCGAGCCGGGGGCGGAGGAAGCAGCAUGGCAGGACCUGUGGGACACCUGCGAGCUACUACGACUCCUCCUCGCCCGGCCCGAGGUAUGGGGGGAGCGCUUCACCGUCUCCAUGUACACUCUCCUGGACGUGCGCGAGCGCCUCGCGCUGCCCGGCGAAGCAGCCAAGGUCGUCUGGGUCACCACCGACGCCACCACGUCCGUUGCCUUCGGCGCCGACUGGACCGAGAAGAUCUACCUGCGGCAGGACCUCAAGGACUACAAGGGCAUGCUCGGCGAGGCCCUCGGCGACUCCGACGACAGCACUGUCGAGAUCGCUCUCGGCGAGGCCAUGGCCUACAUCGUCCUAGCCGGGAUUCUGCACUACCUUGAGUGCAAGUACAACUUCAUGACGAUCGGCCAUUUCUUCCGUACCUACCACAACGUCACGGCGGACUUCGGCUCCAGGGCCAGCCAGGAGGAGGUCAAGCACCGCAUGGACGAGCUGGGCCUCUCGAGCGUCGACGCGGCGCACGAGUGGGCGGACCUCGUCGCCAACGGGGUUCGCCGCAGGGUGCUCCGCUUGCUUGGCGGCGACGCCGAAGACGGCCGGAUCGCCCUCCAGCUCCGUGAGGCCCGCCUGAAGAGGAGGUUCAGAGAGGUCCCCCUCGCCACGGCCCCGGGGAGGGCCCUCGAGUGGGGCCUAGGAGCAGGUUUCUUCUCCAAGAUCUGGACGGGCCUGGGGGGCACGGCGCACGCCGCGCCCAUCGGCGAGGCGGCCAGGCAGGCCGCCCGCCUGGGCGCCCAGCGGAUCGCCCUCGACGCCCCGCGGCAGCUGCCUCUGGGCGAGGCCGCUCGCAGUCUGCAGGAGCAGGGCUUCGCGGUGAGCACCGAGGACCUCCUCGCGACCGAGGUCGGGGAGCUGGUGGCGCGCCGCCGUGCCCUCCUGUUGGGCACGAGGCACGUGGGCGACGAGCAGCAGGCAUGGACGUUCGACACCCUCGACCUCAGGCGCUCGAUUGCGCCCGCGGUCGGCCCCGUGCUGCAGCCCCCGAGCGCGCUGCCGCCCGACGCAUGGCUGCUCCACGCCCGCUUCGAGGCCGACCCCCGCAUGCGGAGGGCGGAGGACCGGCUCCUCCCAGUGGGCGUCGGCCACCUCUGGUCGGACAAGGGACGCGAGGUGGUCUACAGCACGGGCGGACCCCUCCCGACCAUCCAGGCCGACUGGACGACGCACCCACCGCCCCUGAUCCGGGACUUCAAGGGCCCGGGGCACGGGGUCAGGCGCGUCACGCUGGAGGAGAGCUGGCUUGCCGUGGGUGGCACCCUAGAGGACUUCCCCACGCCCCAGGACGACGCCACGGCCGCACAUGUCACGAGGCUCAUCGCGGGCGACACGGGGGCUCGACUCGCCGGCGCCAUCGCCCUCUGGGCGGGAGGUGCCCUUGACUGGGAAGCGAGCGCAGGCGCUUGCUUCGACCUCGACGCGCAGGCCAAGGAGCGUGGCAUGCGCGAAUGGCUUGCACGCUGGAGGCAGGGUCUACUGCCCGGGCGCCCGCCACCGGCCCCCCUCCCACACGCUGCACCGGGGCUACCGCCAGCACACCCCGGCGAGCCCGGCCGCCACGCAGGCGGCAGCACCCCGGGAGAGGGGGCCGACCGCCGCCCCCCGACGCGCUGCGCCAUCUUCCGCCCGGCUGACGGGGGUAUCGACGCACGCGCGGCGGCUCUCGCAGCGGGCCUCGUCUGGCAGGACAUGGGCGGCACCCAGGACGAGCACGACGCCGCUCGCGCUGCGGGGGCGUCAACACUGCCCGAGAUCGCCAGGCCCCCUCGCAAGCAGAAGAUGCCCCAGCUGGGACUUGUCUCCAUUUCGGCCCCCGAGCACCUCGUCGACCUGGCGCCGGACGUCCCGGUGUUCGCAGAGGUCCAGGAGUGGGUCCACACGAAGUUGGCCAGCGGGCUGGCGCACAGCACCCGGAUUGCACGGCAGAGGGGUAUCCCGCCGCUGUUCGAGGGCGACUCCAAGAGGCAGGUGACCGAGGACGAGGAGGAGCUCCUGCGCUUCAUCGGCUACCUGGGCUGGUUGGGCAAGGGCAACGGCACCAUCCUCAGCGCCCUCUUUGCACUCCAGGGCGGCCACGUGCGGGCAGGAGGCGGCGACCCUCUCGUCGGGAAGAAGCGCAUCAAGGUCCUCAUCGACUCACUCCAGAAGGGCGGCCCGAAGGAGGAACGCAAGCUCGGCGUCACGCCGCGCAUGAUGAUCUGGCUGAAGAAGGAGCUUAGCCCCACCCCGCCGUGCCAGGGAGAGAGGGCCACGAGGGGACCUGACUUCGACUCGGUGGUGCUCUGGGGGGCCCUCUGCACGGGCUUCUUCUACCUCUGCCGCGCGAAGGAGAUCGUCGACAGCGGAGGCGUCGAUGAGCAGAUGUGCCUGCGCGGGGUCGAUGUGGCAUUCCACGACAAAGAAGGAGGUGCUGCAGCUCCUGGAGUAGGCUCGGCAGCCAAGGCCCUGAUCACUUUUCGCAAGACCAAGACGGACCAGCGGGCGUUCGGAGCAUGCAGGACUCACCACAGGGCCGAGGCGGAGGUCUGCCCGGUGGAGGCCCUGGAGCUCCUCCGCCUCCACGCGCCCGAGCGCUUCCAGGAGGGCUCCGAGGGCCGCCGCCCGCUCUUCCGUUGGGCCUCGGGCCGCAUGGUCAAGCGGGAGCAGCUCCAGGCGGUCAAGAGAUGGGGGCGCUGGAGCUCGAACGCCUUCCACGGCUACCUCUACGACUCGGAGGAGCAGUCGAGGGGCGUCGCGGCGGCCAUGGCCCGCGACGUAGCCACGCUCCACGCGGCAUGUGCGCGGCGGGUGGGCCACCUGGCCAGAGCGCGGCACGGCAGAGGCCGCGCUCAGAGCGGCCAGAGCGAGGCCGCUCAGACGGAGGUGGAGCUGGCCCCUGGCCCGAGCGGGCGCUACGCCGCGGCCAGGGCGCAGUCGGCGGUGGCGCUGCAGUCCGGCUCGGGCGAGUACACCGGCUUCGUGCCCGACAUGCAGAGGCGCGUCCUGAUGAACCUCAUCGUCGUGGCCGUGUGCGCCGUGCCGGCGCUGGUGGUCCUCGGGGGGUAUGCGUUCUACUUCUUCCCUAAGCUGGGUGGCGGUGGCGGCGGCGCUUCGGCCGUGGGCGACAUCAACGGCGCGGCCGUCCCGCUGAAGAAGUGGGUCGCGGGCCACAAGGAUAACGACCGUGAGCUGGUGCAGGGCCUCAAGGGCGACGCCUACUACCUCAUCUCCACCCCGGACGGCAUCAAGGACUUCGCGAUCAACGCGACCUGCACCCACCUGGGGUGCGUCGUGCCGUGGGUGCGCUCGGCCAACAAGUUCUGCUGCCCCUGCCACGGCUCGCAGUACGACGAGAACGGCAAGGUCGUCCGCGGUCCUGCGCCCCUGUCGCUGGCGCUCGCGCACACGUCGGUCCUGGACAGCGGCGACAUCGCCGUGUCCCCGUGGCCCGAGCAGGACUUCCGCACCGGCCUCGACCCCUGGUGGAGCUGAGCGCGGGGCCGCGGGCGCCUCUCUGGCAGCCCUCCCUCCCCCUCCUUCCCCGAGGAGGGCGGAUGAUCACCACCACCCGGAUGGUGUCUUGUGGGCCUCCUCCUCCCCCGGCCGUGCCUCCUCCUCUCCGGCGGCGGCAGCAGGCCGAGGUGCGGCCGACUGCUGCUGUGCACUCUCGCAUUUUUCUGACUCCCGAGCCCUGCUUCGGGUCCAUGGGGCCCGCUGGCGGCGCUGGGUCGCUGUCGCAAGAACGGUGCUCUUCAGAGGAGGGAAAACAGG